AUGGAUUUGCCCGGUCUUGGCCAGUUCUACUGUGUUGCAUGCGCACGCUACUUUAUCGACGAGCUUUCGCUUAACGUGCACUUCAAAAGCAAGGUUCACCGACGAAGAUUGAAGGAGCUCAAGGAACCCGCAUAUACUCAAGAAGAUGCUGAAGCGGCUGCAGGCAUGAGCACGACUCUUACUUCCCGCUCCAACGCUGCUGGUGCUUCCGGGAGCGGCACAACAUCUACUGCUGCAUCAUCAUCUGCGCCCGCACCAACAGCAACCUCCAUGGAUGCUUGA